CAUUGUCACAAUAAACUGUCACCAUUUCUCGGUCACCAUGCGUAUUUUAUAGCUACAAAAAUGUUUUCAAAAUCAAUGAGUUACAAAGGAUCAGCCACAAUGUAAAAUGCGAAGAUUUGCAACAUUGGAUUGUUUAGUGGACUCCAAUGACAUUACUACAUUUUCCUACAACAAUGUACAAAGUCUGAGACAGGCACUGUUAUCACAUGUGACGUAUCAGCCGCGGAUCCAGCAGGCACUUCAACACACCAAUUUUCAGUUUCAUAGAACUUGUAGUUACGGUAAUAUUUUAAGAGAAUGUCGUGUAGGCGAAGGGAGGACUCUGUUGACGUUUUGGCGUCCUGCGCAUUCUGAAAGCGGUGUCACUGUAAGCAUGUCUGCCUCAAGUUGUUCUUCGAUAAUUCCCAACCCUUACGCUGAGCGGGAGCUGCGUAGCUCAGCGCAGCAGACCGAUAUCACAUGCCGUUACAUUGCUGGCAUGGGCACACCAGUGUCAGAUACAGAAGAAGCCAGAGAGCGCAUACGGGUGGCGGCGGACUCUUUGACGGCGCCCGGGGCGCUGUCGCCACCCGGUGCGGCGCGCUCGCGCUCUAUACUCGGUUCUGUUUGCGCUCUUCUGCUUGCUAAACAGGCUUCGCCGUCAGUGCCAAAAGAAGUGAGCAGCGUAGCAGGCAGCCUAGCUUCAGAGAAUAUCUGCCGCAUCUGCUUCGGCGGGGCAUCAGCGGAGCGCCUGGAGCGCCCGUGCGGCUGCCGCGGCACCAUCGCCGCCGUGCACCGCUCCUGUCUCGAGCGCUGGCUGCUGCAGGCGGCCACCAGCUACUGCGAGCUCUGCCGGCACCAUUACGUGGUCACCAGGAGUCACAAAUGGUCCUGGAUGCGUUCUCUAAUCGAAUGGGCGCGCUCUGGGCGCGGGCGAGCGCUGGCGGCGGACGCGUGGCGCGGGGUGGCGCUGGGCGCGGCCAGCGUGCUGGGCACGGCGCGCGCGCUGCACGCGGCCGACCGCGCGCUGCAGGCCGGCGCGAGGGCCGGCGGCCCUGCUGCUCUGGCUGCGAACCUGUUCUCGUCGCUGCUCAUCGGUAUCAUUGGCGCCCUAAACGGUCUCCUAACAACCUGGAUCCUGCUCAAGAUCCAGGAGCACCAGAUGUCCUGGCGAGCUUGGCGGGACAGCACGCUCCACGUGCGCGUGUUGCUGGCCGACGACGUGCCCGACGACACGCUGACCGACGACGACGAGAGGCUGCUGGCGCGCUCCGACGAUCCGCCGACGAUUGACAGGAGCACGAAUGUCGCUGAUCCGUUUAUGGUCGCCAUGCCCUUUGCUUUGCCAGACUCCUGAGCGAUCCUCCAAAAAUAGUGUUAUCGAUAACUUUUAAAAAUCGUCGUACCAAACCCUAAAAAUUGUGCCACAAAUAGUGACGGGCAAUAUUUAUGGAUACUUAUCGAUAUCGAUGGAUAAAAAAUGAAUAUAGGUAGCGAAAUAAAAAAUAAACUUUUAAGAAGCUGGACUUAUAGUUAUGUAAAUUUUUAGUUUAGAUAAAAAUUCGAAAUACAUUUCAGCGCUCGCAUUGUGGCGACUUUAGAGGGUUGUGGACUGUGUUAUUCACAUGUAUAUGCAAAAUUGCAGCAAAACACUUGAAUUUAAUGUUAACGGCAUGUCAGCGAAAUUUGUCUACUUUAUAGUUUCCACGAUCGCGUUUUGUGUAAUUUUCUCAAUAAUAGUGCUGAUCCGUCACUCCAGAACAAGAUAUGAUGAUGCAUGUACCUAUAGCCACUGAAUAAAAAUAAUACAAACAAUUUUGUUAAUAAUAUUUUAUUUCAUAUCAAUAUAAAUUAACUUAUAAAUUAUUGUAAUAUAAUAUGAUCUAUUUGAUAAAAUCAGUAGGCGAUUAUUUAAGCCGCGAUUAUUAAUAAAAGUCAAGUUGAAAUGAUAAUGAAUGAAUACAAGUAGUAAGUUAAUGGAUUGACGUUGAAAUGAACGCCUGAGCGACGCGAGGAUACUACUUCCUUAUGUA